AAUCACCGUCACUCUUUUGUACACAAAGCCAAUUGAGGUCCCAAUUCAAAAUGGUUCUGCCCACAUUCGUUCUUUCGGCUGUUCUGGCCACGUCUGUUGCAGCCUACGAUACCCUCCUCAACUUUCACGGUGCCCCCGAAGUCGAAACCCGCACCAUUGAUGAGAUUCACAAGGCUGCUGUCGCUGAAGGUGGUGUCGUCACUCUUUGGCACGGAGGUGAUGAGAAGACUCAACAGGAUGCUCUGAAGGAAGCUUUCGAGAAGCGCUUCCCCGGAAUGACCCUUAACCUCACUGUCGACAUCUCCAAAUAUAUCGAUGGCGACCUCGACCGCCAGCUGUCGCAAGGCAACGUUUACGUUGACAGCGUCAUUCUUCAGACCCUUCAAGACUAUCCCAGAUGGGAUCAGGAAGGUGCUUUGCUGCGGUACAAGCCGUUGGACUUUGACAAGAUCCACCCUGGCUUCCGUGAUGUAUGGGCAUCGUGGUAUGCGGUUGUUGUGUUUGGUUGGACCAACAUUUGGAACACCGAAAAGGUUUCCGAAGGCCCCGUCGAGUACUCGGACUUCUUGAAGCCUGAGUACAAGGACAAGUUGGUCUUUACCUACCCGAAUGACGAUGAUGCCGUUCUUUAUGCGUUCGACCUGGCUAUGCAGCAGAACGGAUACAGCUGGUUCGAGAACCUCCUCGCCCAAAACCCUCGCUGGGUCCGCGGCACUGCUACCCCGACCACCGUCAUGGGUCAGGCCAAUAACUCAUAUGCCGUUACCUUCACCGGCGCUCUUGGACUGGCACCCACUGCCCCCUUUAACGUUUCCAUCCCCAAGAAUGGUUUCUUCGUCACCUGGGGCCAGCGCGCUGCGAUUCUCAAGGACGCUCCCCACAAGGAGGGAGCGAAGCUUCUUCACAACUUCUUGCUCAGCGAGGAGUAUCAGAGCCCCAACAACACCGGCAUGUGGAGCGUCCGCAAGGACAUUCCUGCCCCUGCUGGUUUUCCGGAACUGAUGGAUGUCAACUCUACCAACCCGAUUGACUUUGAGCGUUUCAUGGCGGAUCGUGAGCGUGUUGAGAGACUGAAGCUUUUCUUCGAGAGCAAGAUUGGCACCGCACAAGGACUCAGCCCCUUGGUUGACGAUUUGUGAACAUGCGACUGCAGAUAUAGCGCACAUCAUGUUAUUAUUCUAUUCAGAUGACAAGAGAAAAAGAGCCCUUAGAUUGCUGGAAGUUGUAGUUCUUUGAAUGGCCACCACCUGUCUGCCGUCUUAGUCUAUGCCUC